UUUAUUGCAAAAUACACACCUGUGUGAGUCAGUCAGUCAAUCAAAAAAUAAAAAAAGAAUAGAAAACAUAUAUUUGAGUUGCAGUAGAAGUGAAAUAUUAAUUUCUAUAAAUUAAAGGUGACGUGAUAUAUGUGCAAAAAAUAUCACCAUCAUCAUCAUCAUUAUUAUUAUUUGUGUAGUUGAUAUUCUUUAUUUUUUGAAAACCAUAAAGAAAAGAAAAGAAGAGACACAAGGCAGGCACACACAGUGUGUAUAUAUGUUUACACAUAUAACCCGUUACCGCGAGUGUGUCUCUCGUUUCGAAUAAAAUAGCAAAAAAAAAAGAAGUUCUUUGAUGACCUGCUUUUAAGUGUGCGAGCUGUGAUUAAAGUUUUAUUUUUUUUUUUUCAACGUAUAAGAAACUUAUGGGAUUUAAUCAAAGCAAUCAUUGAGAAAACAAAGUUAAUAUAGUGAAGAAAUAAAAAAAUAAGGCAACAAAGAACGACGAAAGUUGGAGGAAACGAAGAAAGCAAUAAAAAGAAAUAUCAAUUAAGUAAAUGCUAAUUUUUGGAGACGGUGGACUAGGAGCCGGAACAAUAACUUCGAGGUGGCCCCCGGUAGCUGCUGGCCCUACACUCGGGCCAGCAGACACAAAUGGAACAGGAGUGGACGGAAAGCAUCUUGAUGUCGGCGAUAUGAGUGAUGUUAGUGAUGAUGAAAAAGAUAUGUCAUCAGCUGACGCCGAAGGCGUUUGGAGUCCUGACAUUGAGCAAAGUUUCCAAGAGGCUCUCGCCAUAUAUCCACCAUGCGGUAGACGAAAAAUUAUUUUAUCAGAAGAAGGAAAGAUGUAUGGACGAAAUGAGUUAAUAGCGCGCUACAUUAAGCUCAGAACUGGUAAAACGAGAACGCGAAAGCAAGUCAGCUCACACAUACAAGUUUUAGCUAGAAGAAAAUUACGCGAAUUUCAAGCAAAAAUGAAGGUGCAAUUCUGGCAGCCUGGAUUACAGCCAAGCACAUCGCAAGAUGUCAAACCAUUCGCACAGCCCGUCUAUCCUGGAAGUGGUAAAACAGCGACCGCAGUAUCAGCAAUCGAGAGUAAUCUACAGACACAACAUUCAUGGGAAGGCAGAUCUAUAGCAACACAAAAAUUCAGGCUCGUUGAAUUCUCUGCAUAUCUUGAUCUUAACGCCGACGAUGCUGUCAGUGACACGUAUCACAAGCAUCUCUUUGUACAUAUAGCAGAACAGCCAACACAUCCACUCCUUGAAUCUGUGGAUGUGAAAGAAAUUUACGAUAAAUUCCCACAAAAGAGCGGUGGUUUGAAGGAGCUAUACGAAAAAGGUCCACAGAAUGGAUUCUUUUUGGUUAAAUUUUGGGCCGAUCUCAAUACAAAUCUGCAAGUUGAUACCGGUGCAUUUUAUGGUGUCAGCAGUCAUUUCGAGAGCAAUGAGAAUGUAGUCAUCACAUGUUCCACAAAGGUGUGUUCGUUCGGGAAGCAGGUGGUCGAGAAGGUUGAAACGGAAUAUUCGCGAUUGGAAAAUGGACGAUUCGUCUAUCGCAUUCAUCGGUCACCGAUGUGUGAUUAUAUGAUUAAUUUCAUCAACAAACUUAAACGACUGCCCGAGAAAUACAUGAUGAAUAGUGUCUUAGAGAAUUUUACCAUCCUACAGGUAAUAACAAACAAAGAGACACAAGAGACCCUUUUGUGCAUUGCAUUUGUAUUUGAAGUGUCAACAUCGGAACACGGUGCACAGCAUCACAUCUAUCGAUUGAUAAAAGAUUAGCAAGAGGAUCCAAUCAUAAUUGCACCAUCCAGCGACAAUCAAUUCACACAAUUGAUUGACGAUACAAAUACAAUUGUUAAUGUUAAUAAAAGUAGCAUGCUAAGUACAUCAUCGACGGAUAAUAAUAAUAGUGAUUUAAGUGGUAAUUUUAAUUCGAAACACAACAAUAAUGAGAGUACUAUUGGUAGUUUUACAAGCGUAAGCGUUAAUGAUAAUUAUAAUAAUUUUAUUUGUCAACCAGUACCAACGUUAUCAAAUGAACCAUCAAAAUUGAUUAAGAAGGAAUCGCAUGAUGAUUAAAAAACAAUACAAUGGAUAUGUGUAGAUGAAAAUUAUGUAACAUAUUCUCAUUCUCUAGACAUUUUAACUUUUUUUUUUGAUUUUUUUACGUUUUCGAUUUCCUUUCUGUCCUUUAAAUAAACAAACAAAAAAAACAAGAGAGUACAUACAAUAAUUAAGUAAAGAUCUUGAUAUGAUGGGAAUUAAUAAAGUUUUAAACAUUUACUAUUUUAUGAGUUUAAAAAAAUAAUAAUGAAAAAAUCAUCAGUGCCUAUUUAAAAAAAAAGUCAACAGAAGAAGACAAAAGUGAAAAAAAGAUGAAAAGUAUCUAUUGUAAAGAUUUAAAAAAUUAAAUUUGUUCUUUGGUUUUUGUUUGAAUUGAUUGUUGGAACUGUACAAAUGUUAUAUUUUGUUUGUAGAAACUGUAUAAAUGUUUUGAAAAUGACAGUGUGUUUGGAAGCUUUACAAUUCCAAAUUACUAUCCAUUCGAAAGCUUUACAAAUGUUUCGAAUUUGUUAUGAGAACCAUGCAAUUUUUUUGAACACCGAACCUUACAAAUGUUUCAAAUUUGUUAUCAAAACCAUACAAUUGUUUUGAUUUGCGAUCAAAAACUUUCAAAUUCAUCGAUAUUAAUGUCAAAACCUUACAAUUUCAGACAUUUAUACAGUUUUAAAACAAAAUGAUUCAGAUUUGCGCAUCAAACUAUUAAAUCCAAUGAAAAUCCGAAGAACAGACACUAUCUUUGAUAAUAAAAACAAAUAAAAAACAUUCAGCUAAAAUCUCAUUAAUAAAUGAAUAUUCUCGGCAGAUCGCCAUGCUCACCCAAUCGUCUUUCGGUGCAAUAAAGAAAUUCGGCAAUUCUUAUUUUAUUAUUUCAAGUUGCAAUAAAUGUAGAAAUGAUGAUAACAGCCAACAUAACCGCAUUCAUGCCGAGCUUUAAUAUUUUUUUUUUCAAAGAACAGAGUUCAAAUCAGCAUAAGAAGAGAUGAAACGCAAUUUUUUAUGAAAAGAAAUCCUUAAAGAAAUUAUUAUUAUUAUUAUUUUUUACAAAAAAAUAUGUAAAGCUAUUGUCACCAUGUGCUGACAGAAAUGAAUUAUUGUGACAUUAUAUUUUUAUUUUAUAGAUUUUUUUUUAUUAUUUAUCCUUAAUAAUUUUGUCUCUUCCUCUUAAUAUUAACGCAAAAAAAAACAAGCAGAAAAAUAAGAAUAACUUUUAUAAAUGCCAUUGAUUUUACUAAUUAAACAAGAAAAUAACAUAAAACAAGAAAAAAUGUGAAGAAAAAUCCACCUUUGUGGGGUCAAUUGGGGUAGAGUUGAUGAUAAUCAGGUCUGUGAUGAGAUUUAUACUUGAUCUUUGGUUUCUGGCUGGUGUUUGACUGUGGAUUUAAUCCAUAAACUUAAGAUAUGAUUUUUAAUCACAGGAUUAUUUUUUAAUCCGCUUGAUUUAAUUUUAAUUCGACAGAUUUAUUUUUUUAAUCUUAUGGAUUAAUUUAAUAUUCAAUGGAUUAAAGUUAAAUCCCAAGAUUAUAACCCUCAACACCUACUCGAAAUCUCAGAUUGACUGUAAAUCUCACAAACUGUACUAAAAAUGAGAAAUCAUCAAAAAUUCCAGACUUGAUAUUCAAAAAACUUCAUCAAAAUUGACCCCAAAAAAUUUUAUUACUUAAUUAAGAUUUUUUUUUAUAUAUUUUAUACAAGCAUCAAGCGGCUAAUGUUUUGAUUCUUUUCGCACAUUCAUAACAAACUUAAUGCAAUUCGAGAUUAUUAAAAUUUACUUUAAAUUCCUUCCAUUUUAAU